CGCUAACCGAAUUGAGGCUCAUAACUUAUGUACGAGUACUGUACGCUCCGUUAGCAGGGCGGGUGCACACGCAGCAAUCGUGGCGCAGGCCUACGGCCUGCUCAGAGAAAUGAAAGCUAGUGUGAAUGCAAAUGCAAGACGCCAUCGAGUGCUCCAGGCUAGCAAGCAGCAAGAAAGAAGUUAGAGUUAGCAGCAAUUGCGGUUGCUUGUUACCUUUCGAGAUGAGACAGCCCCAUGCGGCUCCACAGCAGGCGCACCAAAUGGUUACACUGGCGUGAAGCAGACUGCCGGUCCGGGCAGGGCUGACGUGUACCAGCUCGCGCGCGACUAGGCUGCCAUUCGCGACAACGCGAAACCCACAAAAUAAACCCACCUGGAACGCAGCCAGGCAUCCGCGGUGAGCCAGGAGGACAUGCUACGGCAGGUAUCAUUGGGCUGUCCUGUACCUUGUGGACUCUGCGUCCAGGUCGGGCGCUUCUAGGCCAGCCAGCCGUUUCAGUACGUGGGAGGGCACGCAUCCGGGUCUGCUGCAUCGCGUGAGUUGCGUCCCAACGGUUGGAUGGUUGGUUGGGCCUCGGAUCCAACGGGCACGGAGCCCUCCUGGCUAGUCCAUGUGGCGCCACACAGCCGAUCCUUCUCACCUGAAUGGUAGCACUUGCGUGGCUGAACUUAUCAACAUGUACACCUCGCUGCAAAACACUGGCGAUGUUGAAGCUCAGAGUCAGAGCCGGCCAGCGCCCCCACCCAGGCGCCCGGCAUACGACCCUUUGAAUGAGCUGUUUGGUGGUUUCAUCCCAGAGCGAUAUCGCAAUAUACUUGGCUCCAACGUUCAGCCCCUGGCGCUGACCCUCCUUGCCGUCCCCACGCUCUUCGCCUGGUUGGUGUACGCCAUCGUAGCGCCUGCCGGCGAGAAAGCCAAAGAGAAUUGGUGGCCAUGGACCAUGUAUGUCCUGUUUGCGCCAAUGCUGGCGACGGAAGUGGCGCUAUGCCUGCUUCAGGUUGUACGGCGGUACGCUGGUGACCAGUACCUGGGUUGCUUCAGGUGCAUUGGCGUGCUGGAGGCGGCUGGCGCAGCCGUCGUUUGUUGCCUCUGGUUCUUCGUCGCGUGCAUCUUGACCGCCAGCUUUUUGAUGGUGAUCGACGUGGGCCCCGGCCCUUUCUUCGUCUUUCAAGUGCUAUUCUCCGUGGGCGCGUGGGCGAUGGUCAUCAUUGCCGCCUACCUGUCGGGUCUGUACCUUAGCGAGGCGUUUCGUGGUCGACCAUCCACCAGCAGCUACUCGCAGCUGCGCCAAACAGAUGGCCCGCAGGCGUUAAGCCAGGGCCCACAGCCGCAGCCGCUCACGCAGUACCACCCGCAGCCGCCGGCCCCGCAGCCGCCACAGUACCAGUCGCCUGCAUCGUACCAGCCACAUACAUCCACGCAGGCGCAGGCGUCACAGUACGUGCCCCCAACCGCAUUGUAGUCUAUGGGUGCCAAUAAUUUUAAGCCCCGCUAAUCUUGUCUGCGUUCUUGGCCGUUUCCUGCACACAUGUUUCCUUCUAUGUGUUCGCAUCAUAAUAUGAUUGUUGUAUGCGUGCAUCGCUGUCCUUCAGACUGGUUCGUGGAUGAUAUAAUUGGAAAUGCAUCUCAAGGGAGCACGCCGUGGGGCAGGCCGUGGGGGCAGGCGGCAGCUGCAUUGAUUUGCCUCAGCGCACCAAGUGCACUCAUGCCCAUGCAUGCGGUAAAUUGCCCGCGUGCCACAUUCCAUGUGCGUUGCAUGCGCACGCUUCAUGGCCACAUGGUAUCGAUAACAUUCUGUCUGACUGUCUGCUCGAGGGAGUACUGUGUUAUUGGAGGAUACCUGCGUACUUCGUCGUUGCGCCUGAGAGACUGCUGGCGUCUUCGGGGUGACGCGGCUGAGCAGGUUGGAUAUGACGGCCCAGCAUUUGGGCCCGUUGGACUGCUUAUGGUACGGUAAACCGUACGGAGGGGGCACCAAUGGCAUACUGGUAGUGCUUGUCCACUGAAACAAGUGUCCGCAGUUUGCAGGACUACAGUUUGGGUUGUGCGUUAGGCAGUGGUAAUACGGUACGUAUGCGGGGUGGCAUCUCUGACGGCAUUGGGUAUCCUGAACUGGUAACGUGGCAAACUGGGGCCCAACACGCCAGUAGUCACACCCAGGCACACCCCUGGUCCAGGGACGUCCAGGGGUGGCCCAGCCCCGGCCAGAAGCAUGGACGCGUUGGCUCUGGCUAUGUAUGUGGUACGAUGUGUUGCGUGGCGCGUUAAAGGUGGUGCUUGUAGCUCAGGAUGGUACCGAGUAGACGAUGGCUCCGAGUCUCUGUGGCUUGAAAGCAGGUCGGCAGGCGUGAGCCGUGCAAUAUCGUGGAUGGGCAGGGUAGGCUCCGGAUGGUGUUUGGCCCUGUCUGGCACGCUGACUUCAAUCCAUAAAAUAUACUGCGGUUCUUAAUACUAACCUCCUGUC